AUAAUUUAUCGAAUCUCCGAAAUAUUUAAAAGCCACAAACAAAUUCGUUAAUUUUUGGACACACCACUCUUUCCUUUCACUGACACUCACAGGAUUCCUAGGGUUUUCUCUUCCAAUGGAUCCGAUUAAGAAACGCAAGAUGGACGAUAACGGUGUUAUAACGGUGGAUACAGAUGCCUUCAUCCCUUACAAACUCACCCUCGAUGAUGCACGCAAAAUUAUUGAGCCCUUUCCCCAUGAACAGUUGUUGGAAAUUGUUCAAAACGCCGUUCUUCGUCACCCAGAUGUGCUUGAUGCCGUUCGGUCAAUCGCCGACCGGGAUAUGACCCAGCGGAAGCUGUUCAUUCGUGGACUUGGAUGGGAGACCACCACUGAUAAGCUACGCGCUCUCUUCUCAGGAUAUGGGGAGUUAGAUGAGGCGGUGGUUAUUCUCGACAAGGCUACGGGUAAGUCUAAGGGUUAUGGGUUUAUUACUUUUAAGCAUGUUGAUGGUGCUAUGUUGGCUUUGAAGGAACCGAGUAAGAAAAUUGAUGGUAGGAUGACUGUUACUCAGCUUGCAGCGGCUGGUAUGUCUGGAGGAAGUGGGCCCGGGGUGGGUGGUAUUGGAGGAGGGAAUAAUCAUGUGGAUGUGUCGGCAAGGAAGAUUUAUGUGGCAAAUGUGCCGUAUGAUAUGCCUGCUGAGAGAUUAUUGCAGCACUUUUCCAUGUAUGGGGAGAUAGAGGAGGGGCCUUUGGGGUUUGAUAAGGCGACGGGGAAGUCCAAGGGGUUUGCUUUGUUUGUGUAUAAGACAGCCGAGGCUGCUAGAGCUUCACUUGUGGAUCCCAUUAAGAAUAUUGACGGGCAUCAGCUAAACUGUAAGCUGGCAAUAGAUGGGAAAAGAGGGAAGGUUCCGGGGAUUGGGGUUGCCGGGCCUGUUGGAGCUCAGCAGGUGGGCAGUGCGGAUGGGAUGGGGGCAACAAUGCCGGGUGGGCAGUAUGGUGGGAUUGGUGGGCAGUAUACUGGGUUUUCAGGGCCUUUAGGUGCUGGUGGUGGUGUAGGUGGUCAGGCGAUCCCAGCGGUUGGAAGCCAGGCUGCUGGGAUGAAUUUGGGGGGUGGUGGUGGGUUUGGGUCUGGACUGGGUGGGCCUUAUGCUGGUGGGACCAAUUCUGUUGGGCCUGGUGCAACUGGGUAUAAUGGACUGGGCAUUGCUGGUUCUGGUUUAGGUGGUGCUGGUGAUGGAUAUGGUGGGGUUAGAGCUGGAUUGGGGGGUUCUGGUGGUGGACCGGGUGGAAUUGGAGGUGGAAUGGGUGGUGGUACAGGUGGAGUUGGAGGUGGACUGGGUGGUGGACAAGUUGGAGUUGGAAGUGGACUGGGUGGUGGACAGGGUGGAGUUGGAGGUGUACUGGGUGGUGUUGGCAGUGGAUCGGGUGGUGCAGGUCGUGGGUCAUCCUUGUAUGGUUUGCCACCAAGCUCAGCUGGGGCAGGUUCGGGAGAUUAUCCACGGAGUGCGCAGUACAGCUUGUCAUCUGGUGGGUAUCAAAGCCAACAUAAUCAGCCAGCAGGAACAUCACCAGCACCUAGAGUUCCGCCCGGAGGAAUGUACCAGGGGAUGCAUCCUUACUAUUAAAGGCAUUGUUUAGAGAACCAGUGCAGUCUAUCUUGUUGAGACCCUGCUAGUCUGCCUCCUGAUGAUGUAUAUGUGAGAAAACCAGGAAUAUGUAAAGGAAAGUGGAAUGGUGGUAGAUUUGACGAGUUUGGACGCGUUUAAAUGAGACUAAGUACUGGAGUUUGCCAAGUAUUAUUUUGUGCCAUCUAACCAAAGGUGGAUGUCGAUAGGAAAGUGUUGGACGAUACGUUUCUUGUGUUAUGGCUUUAAAUUGCAUUGAGAAUUUUCGCAUGCUAAAUGCAUGAUCUAUUAACUUGUUAUCAUCUAGUCUUAUGGGCAAUGAUGUGUCAAAGUGAGAGAAUUGAUAAAUGCGUAUGUUAUAUAAGGGCCCUUUUGAUAGCAGUUCUUAUCUUUUAUGUUUGUGCCUUUAUAGUAACUCAUUAUUUCAUUUGGUAUCAAAGUGGGAAGUAUGUGCCAAUGAUCUUGCUGUCGUGCUUGAGCUCGUGAUAUGGUCGUCUCUUUAGUUUGUGUAGUGCCUAUGGGAGUAAUACAUUAUAGUAUACUACAUACGAAUAUGACUGUCAUUUGGAAUUACUACUGAUUGAUCUGCUUAAGUUCUAAAUUUAUGGUAGAAUUGCAUCAUGGGAAAACAUUUCUAGUUUAGGAUUUCAAGUUUUAAAAACUUAGCCCCUGUUUGAUCCCCAUUUUUUGUAAUGAAAAUGGGAGGAAUAGCAUU